AUGAAUUAUAAAAGAAAAAUGCAGAUGUUGAUUUUACUUUCUUUAUUGCUGAUGUUGAUUGAGCAUCAUUUCAGUAUAAAGAGUCACCUACAGAAGAUGUAUGCCUGCUGGAAUGAUGAAGUGGAAGAACCUCAGCUCUCAGCCUGGUUUAAUUCUAAAAUACGUCCUGAUGUUAUAACAACAACUGACUGGCUUGCUCCAGUCAUAUGGGAAGGAACUUACAAUAGACAAGUCCUAGAAAACUACUACAAGAAGCUGAACAUUACAAUAGGCUUGGUUGUAUUUGCUUCUGGACAAUUUGUAGAUCACAUGAAAAAGUUUCUACAAUCUGCUGAUAAGCACUUUAUGGUUGGAUUUAAUGUUAUCUUUUACAUCUUUUUUGAUGGCAAAACCACGCUUCCUUAUAUAGAAUUGAGUCCUCUUCGAACACUCAAGAUAUUUCCUCUAGUCAAAGAAAACAUAGAGCAAGACAUUAGUAUCAGAACCAUGAGGAACUUGGGUAAACAUCUUGUGGACAUAAUUCAGCAUGAAGUUGACUUUCUCUUCAUUAUGGAUGUAAACCAGAUCUUCAAGAAUGACUUUGGAGUUGAAACCCUGGGCAGGUCUGUAGCUCAACUCCAUGCAUGGUGGUAUUUUAGAACCAUUAUUGAAUUUCCUUAUGAGAGAAGACAUAAAUCAGCAGCUUUUAUCCCCUUUGGACAGGGAGAUUUCUAUUACCAUCGGGCCAUUUUUGGUGGCACACCCAAAGAAAUUUUAAUCUUCAUUAAACACUGUCUACGAGGAAUAAAAAAUGACACCACACAUAAAAUUAACAGCCUGUAUGAAAGCCAUCUAAACAAAUACUUUUUUGUCAACAAACCCACUAAGCUGUUAUCACCAGAAUAUAAUUGGGACCCCAAAUUUAAAACUCCUCCACAAAUUAAACAUAUUAAUAUAGCAUGGCAGUCAGAAAUUAUUUGA